AAGAGCCUCCUCCUCGCGCUGCACACUGGAUGUUGUAGUCCGGCACAGGGUUAGUGCUCCGACUUCAACGAUGGUAGAACGUCGUGCGGGACUCUAGUUCCCAAUGCACGUUGCGACACACGUGUGGCCGGUUUUCAUGUGAGUUGCAUCAGCUGUGCCUGUUGAACUGUUUGCCGCUAGGGAAGUGUCUGAUCGCUGACCAUGAAGUUGUUUGUGGGUGAGGGGAACCCUCAGGGGGUGAAGGUUCUGGCUGCCGCCGCUCUCUGGGCUCAACAUGUACAGAUCGACAGGCUACAGCAGGAAGAAAAGAUUGUUCCUUUUAUGUCACAACCAAGACUACCAGUGCUGGACUUGGAAAAUGGAAAUUAUCUCUUCUUAUCUAAUGCAAUCUGCAGGUACUUCUACUUGUCAUCUGGUCAUGAUAUGUGCGAUCUAAGCAAUCAAUGGUUGGAAUGGGAAGCAGCCGAGCUUCAGCCAGCACUCUCUGCUGCGUUAUAUGCACAUGUUGUUCAGGGGAAAAAAAAGGAAGAUGUCAUGGCAACCAUUAGUGCAUCCCUUAAGCAUUUGGAUCAAAGCCUUGCAGGAAAAUCCAGUCCAUACCUUAUCAAGGAUGCACUCACUGUUGUGGAUAUUGUUGUGUGGGGCUCUAUCUAUCCUCUAAUUGUGGAUGCAUCUAAUCUUCCAGAAGAGAUGGCAUCACUUAAGCGCUGGUUUCAAAAUGUAAGUCAGCUAGAACAGUGCCAAAAAGCUGCGUCAUCGCUGUUGAAAGAUAAGGGGAGCUCAGUCUUCAAGCCUUUCCUCCAGAAGCAGCCUGCACCCAUAACCCCACCUGGCAAGUCCGUUUGUAAGGAGCAAGAGGGAGAGGACAUGCCGUCUCUGUCUGAGGAGGAUAUACAAGCUGCUGCUGAAGCUUGGGCUAAAGGUCUCACUGGUGCUUCAAAGCCAAAGCAGAGACCACACCCAAUCCUGCCAGUGGAAGGAGAAAAAAACGUUCUCAUCACCAGUGCUUUGCCCUAUGUCAAUAACGUUCCGCACCUUGGAAAUAUCAUUGGUUCUGUGCUCAGCGCAGAUGUUUUUGCUAGGUACUGCAGGCUGCGGAACUGGAACACACUCUACAUAUGUGGAACGGAUGAAUAUGGCACAGCAACAGAAACCAAAGCUAUGGAGGAAGGGUUGACACCCCAACAGAUCUGUGACAAGUACAAUGCUAUCCACACUGCGAUAUAUCAGUGGUUUAACAUCUCUUUUGACUAUUUUGGACGGACAACAACUCAACACCAAACCACUAUUUCCCAAGAUAUCUUUCAUCGACUUUUCGAGAGGGAAUUUUUACUGACAGACACAGUGGAACAGCUUCGCUGUGAGAAAUGCCAGAGGUUCUUGGCUGAUCGCUUUGUGGAAGGAAUAUGUCCUUUCUGUAACUACGAAGAGGCGAGAGGGGACCAAUGUGACAAAUGUGGGAAGCUCAUAAAUGCUGUAGAGUUAAAGAAACCACAGUGCAAAAUUUGUAAGCAGUCCCCUGUCAUUAAAUCCUCCAAGCAUCUCUUCUUGGACUUGCCAAAGCUGGAGAAACGUUUGGAACAAUGGUUGGAACAGUCCUUCUCUACCGGUGACUGGACAUCAAAUGCCCGUUUCAUAACUCGCUCAUGGAUACGUGAUGGACUGAAGCCUCGUUGUAUCACACGAGAUCUGAAAUGGGGCACACCUGUGCCACUGGAUGGUUUCAGAGACAAGGUGUUCUAUGUCUGGUUUGAUGCUCCCAUUGGCUAUAUUUCUAUUACAGCCAACUAUACAGAUCAGUGGGAAAAGUGGUGGAAGAGUCCUCAACAGGUCCAGCUUUAUAAUUUUAUGGCAAAGGACAAUGUUCCUUUCCACAGUGUUGUCUUCCCUUCCUGCCUUUUGGGUGCAGAAGAUAACUACACAUUGGUCAACCACCUUGUAGCUACAGAAUAUUUAAAUUAUGAGGAUGGUAAAUUCUCCAAGAGUCGAGGAGUUGGGGUAUUUGGAGAUAUGGCAAAGGACACUGGUAUCCCUGCGGAUAUAUGGAGAUUCUACCUACUUUAUGUGAGACCAGAAGGACAAGACAGUGCUUUCAGCUGGAGUGAUCUCAUGCUCAAAAACAACUCUGAGCUCCUCAACAACCUUGGCAAUUUUGUCAACAGGGCUGGUAUGUUUGUGCAGAAAUUUUUCAAUGGCUGUGUUCCUGAAAUGGAGCUGCUUUCAGAAGAUAAGAGGCUUCUGGCCCAAGUUGCAGCAGAACUGCAGCAGUACAACCUGCUUCUGGAGAAAGUUCGCAUCCGAGAUGCUCUUCGAUGUAUUCUGAACAUUUCACGUCAUGGCAAUCAGUACAUCCAAGUUAACGAACCAUGGAAGUGCAUCAAAGGAAACCAACAAGAGCAGAAGAGAGCAGGCACAGUGACUGGAGUGGCUGUAAACAUGGCCGCUCUUCUCUCCAUUAUGUUGCAUCCAUACAUGCCAACAAUCAGCAGUGUUAUCCAGGAGCAGCUGCUAAUGCCACAAGAAUCUAAAGUGUUAACCACCGACUUCUGCUGUUGUCUGCAAAGUGGCCACCAAAUUGGAAAUGUGAGUCCACUGUUCCAGAAGUUGGAGAACGACCAGAUAGAAUCCUUGCGCAAACGCUUUGGAGGAGGGCAGCUAAACGGUGACAGCACCGAGCGACAGGUAAAAACAGAGUCAAAAGUGUCUCCAUCCCAGGAAGCUCCUGAGCAGCAAGCACCUAAAGCCUCUGGGCCAGAAAGAGUGAAGGAGCUGAUGCAGGAGCUGGAAAAACAGGGUAACCAUGUGCGGGAGCUAAAAGGGAAAAAAGCCGAAAAAUCUGUCAUUGACCCUGAGGUGCAAAAGCUUUUAGCAUUAAAGAAAGAACUGGAGCUCGCAGAAGGCAAGUCACCGGAUCCUCCCACUCAGAAGGGCAAGAAAAAGAAAUAGACUUUUUGUUUGUUUGUUUGUGCAUCUUGUAUUUUAUGAGCUGGUCAGCAAUGGAUGGGCCAGUGAUACUUUGUGUAGACACAUCACAUCAGGGAGAAAGUGAAACAAGGGAACACUCUUUUAAAUUAAAUAUUUUGGUCAUUC